AAACAAAGGCAAACAAGAUCACAUGAACUAAGAAUCUUCUUCCUUACUUCUGUAUUCAGCAAACGUCCUUGUUAUUCAACAUGGAGUCUAAGUGACUUGGAUUAUCUGCUGUUGCCAUAGAAACCAUACGUAUAAAUAAUGGAAUGACAGUGUAUAGAUUAAAAAGAAGCUAUGGCGAAUAACAAUCCAUUUAAAAACAUAUUCAAACUGAUUAACCAGAGGACUCCUGAGACCAUAGCAUGUGGUACAAGUGAUCUCCACAAGGCUGCUACUUCCGGUGACAUCAGCUUGCUACAAAAAAGUCUAAAAGAGGAUGAUGUGGACAUCAAUCUUGAGGAUGAACUUGGGAAUACUCCAUUGUACAUGGCAACACUUAAAAGUCACAGAACAGCAGUGGACAUGUUAUUACAGAAAGGCGCUUCCGUGAAUGACACAAGCUGCAGCCCUAUGCAUUACGCUAGAGAUAUCCACAUUGCAAAGUUACUAGUUGAGGCUGGUGGGAGACUUGGGGACAGGGAUUCCCAAGGAAACACACCACUACACCGAGCAGUCUCAAGGGAAGACUUCGAUCUCGUAUUAUAUUUCCUUCAGGUGGGAGCCGACACAAAUGCACGGAAUUCAGAAGGAAAUACUCCUCUUCACAACGCUUGCCAGUCAAAGAUAGAUGGCCCCAUCUGCGAGUUGAUAACGCGGCUAAUUUCCGCAGGAGCGACAGUAAAUGAGAAAGAUAAAGCCGGAAAAACCCCACUUCAUCAUGCAUGUGAAAGUAUAUCAAUGUUUUAUUCCAUAGCUAUCCUCAUAAAGCAUGGAGCUGAAUUAGUCACGCAUGAUAGGAAAGGAUAUUGUCCUUUACAUUACCUGAUUGAUACAUUUCUGUCUUCAGAUAUAGACGGAGAGACUGAGUUUGUCGACAAACUUGAUAUUUUAUUGACAAGCCCAGAAACCAUCAAUGUCGCAACUAAGACGGGAUUAUCCCCAGUUCAUAUUGCAGCAUCAAACGGACUUUGCAUUGUACUAAAGUACUUGGUACAGAAAGGAUGUGACAUUCGAUGUAAAGAUGGCCGAGGGAAAAGUGCUCUCCAUGUUGUAUCAUCAGUAAAAGAAGCCAGGAACAGCAUUGACACGACACAGACUCUGAUAUUAUGUGGCAGCGAUAUCAACUGCUGUGAUUUUUGGGGAUCUACUCCACUACACGAAGCUGUUGCAAAUGAUAAGCUUGAUGUUGUAGAGGUUCUUGUUGAUAACGGUGCUGACAUAAAGCUCCGUGAUAAAAAUGGAUCAACCCCCUUACAUUUAGCUGCAGCAAGCUGUUCUGAUGCAGUCUCUCUUCUUCUCGGCAAAGGCGCACCUGUGAAUGCUACAAACAAGUAUAUGUCAACACCAUUGCAUUUUGCAGCAUGGGCCGAUUCAGGGCAUGCAGCAGAAACUCUGAUUAAUCACGAUGCAGAUCUAGAAUUGAAGGAUUUGUCAGGAUCUACUCCUCAUGACACAGCCGUCUUCACAUGCUCCGAAGUUGCUGGGAGACUUGAAAGUGGCAAAAGUUCAGUGAAAGCUUUUUCAGAUUUUGCAAAUAAAUUGCUUAAUAAACAAGAAUUCGAUGAUCUUGUUUGUAAAGAUACAAACAUUGCAAGAUCCGACCACGAUGCCAUUCAUUUCUGUAAUAGAGUUUUUCAAACCGCUGGUGUAGGACAAGUCAUAUUUCAAGACGAAGCUGGAGAUAUACAAACUGCUGUAGAAAGUGUUGCAGAGAAUAUUGUACAAAAGCUAGCUGAGCUGGAACCAAACUUCAAAGCAACAUUGCUUCGUGCAGGAAGCUCUUCUGAAGGUACAAAAACAAAAUUUCCGAACGAGUUCGAUUUCAUGUUUUGUUUAGAGGAAUUCAGCGAAAAUACAUAUCCAAAACAGGAAGGAGAUGAAACCAAAAUGAUAGGAUCUGCACCUUUGUCAAAGAAGACUUCUACUGGUGGUCGAUUAGUGGAUUUGGCAGAAGACAAAGAACUUCACGAAACACAUAUUAUCAUUUCUGAUUACACCAAGAUUUACGUGAAAGAUGAUGCUGACGCAGAACCUUUUUUGGACCUAAGUGAGCGGGAUUCAAGACUGAUUCCAUGCUACAUGAUGUAUCACCGGUUUAGUCAAUUACUGACGAGGGUUCUUCUGAGUGACAGUUUCCCAAAACACCCAAACCUUCUGAUCCAUGAGGUAACUGUUGAACCUGCACUAUCCUUGCAGUGGCGAGGUAGUCUUUACAAGAUGAUGGACAUCAACAUUGAUCUUGUCCCUGCUAUCCGUCUCCCCUGUUGGCCAGAGAAAAUCCAACGGGAUUACAAACUCCUAACCCCAGAUAUUCUUAGGAUUCCGGGCAUGGCAGUGCCCAAGAUAGCUGGUGAUGUGCUUGAAGAUCUCUGGCGCUGUUCUAUGUCAUUACAGGAAACUGCAAUAUUCCGAAAGUUACAUCCCCGCGUAAGGAACAGCUAUACAACUGCAAAAUCUUUGCUCAAUUCCAAAGUUGUAUGUCCCAUAGCAAUAGAAGAAGAAACGGAAGAAACUGCGUUCAUUAGAAAAUUUGCAAACAUGCCAUCAAUGGGUGAUUCUGAAGAAGCUAUGUUUAUUACACAGGCAGAAAGUGCCAUUCCAUCAUAUUUUCUGAAAAUGAUGUUCUUGUUUUCUCUUGAAGACAGAGUACAAAGAGAAGGACUAGGAAGUGUUUAUGAUGUCGAUUCGCAAAGCAAAGCAUCGAGCAUUUCCCAAGCUGAAGAAUGUGGAACCCUCGCUGCCGAUACGAAACAUGAUGCUAAUCCUGAUUCAUACAGUCCGCCUACAAAACGUAAGAGAUCCUCAUAUUCAUAUGGACCAGCUGAGGUCCGAAAUGUACAGCCAAAUGUAGGAGACAUUGAUAUCGAUCUAGUGCGUGACAUCUAUCGUAGAUGUGAAGAAUGUCUCUCUCAGGGAAAAGUUCCGUCAUUCUUCAAUCCGAAACAAGACGUUCUUGGUUCCAGAGGGGAAGGGCAAAAACUUGAACUAGCUCUUAAUUAUGCUAGGUUCAUCUAUAAAUUGUUACAGGAUUAACGAAAUCCUAGUACAAUCUACUAGUGAGCCAUUUAAUACUUUACACUCGUUUUUUUAUCGAUACCUCAGUAUCCAGUAUCCAAGGUUUCGUCCGUUUAUCCCGACCAUCUGUCUGUGGCAUGGUUCCGAACACAGUGGAGAUGAUAGCAGUGAUAUGCAAUGAUAACUGAACCUAUCAACAAACAAAAUGGUGUACAAAUUGAUGAAGAUCAAAAUCUUAGCAAAAAAUUUUGAGUCAUAAUGGAAAGAGUUUUUACCGAGCAAUUUCAUUAAAUCUCCAAAUCAAAGAAUAUCUUAACUAAGUCGAAUGUGAGUUUGAAUGAUGCAAGAAUUAGAGAACUGCACGUAGUUCAACUGAUUUCACGAGGAAAACUUUUAUGUGUUAUCCGGACUAAUCGCCGAAAGUAUGCCACGCAUGCAUCCCCAUUUUGAUAAAAGGAACGAUAAUGAUGUUUUUUUUUCAUUGAAGUAUUGGAAUUCUUUGACACCGAGUUACAGUAGAUAUUGUUCUGAGAAGCUUGAAAUCAGCUGAUACGAACAAGUGUUAGUUAUCGGGACAAGAUAAAAAUUCUUUGCGAGAAGUGUCAGUGCUUUACUUUUUGACAGUCGUAGCCUGGCGCUAGCAAUACCAGUUUGUCAGGUAUUUGUUUCGGGUACAUGUUAGUGUAGAAAAUGAAUAUGAGCUUAUUGUAUAUAAUCUUGCAAUUGUGUAUUAAAGGAAUUUAAAUUAAAUGUGUUAGCAAAACUG